AUGGCUACAUAUCUUGGAUCCAGCGGACUUCCCAGCAAAGAGGCACUGGAUGAGCUUUUGUUGAAAUGCAAAGACUUCGCUUUUUACUGUGGGCUCACGAAGCGACCAGCUGAUGCUCCCGACUCUGAAAAUACGGUGGAGUUUAUGCCAUUUACCUUAUUUCCCAGCGUUGUGCCUCUCGCCGCGUUCGUCAAGGCUAGAGACAGCAUGACCGACUUCAACAGACUGAUGCACAAAGUGGCUCACGAUCACAGCUUUCUUGAACAGUCGCUCAAGAAUGUAAUUCAGGUUGAUGAAUUUACCAAGCGGUUGUGGAAUAUUUAUAUCACAGUGCGGCAAGAGGGCAUCGCACAGCCAGUCAGUUUGGGAAUGUUUCGAAAUGACUUCAUGUUGGACAAACAGGAUGAUGGGUCUCAGCAGCCCAAACAGAUCGAGUUCAAUGCAAUAGCUUCCAGUUUCAUGGGACCAGUGACUGGAGUAGUCCAUCUACACCGAUUCAGCUUGCAUCGGAGGGGAUGUUCUUUUCAGCCGAACCAGAUUUUAGACAAUGAGCCAGCUCUUCAUAUGGCCGAAGGUUUGGUGAAGGCGUGGCAUAUUUAUGACAAUCCCAGGUCAGUUGUUUUGUUUAUCGUCUCCGAUGUAGAUACAAACGUAAUAGAUCAGCGAUGGAUGGAAUUCAAAACAUUUUUGAUUGAGCCAAGAAUCCGUGUGAUUCGAAAGACGUUUUCUGAUGUUCAUAAACACGGUCGACUCUGGGAGGACAAGAGGCUUGUGAUAGAUGGCGAUGAAGUGGCAGUGGUAUAUUUCAGAGGUGGCUAUAGUCCAAGUUCCUUCCGAUCAGAAAAGGACUGGGAGGCCAGACUGAUGUUGGAGCGAUCUCGCGCCAUCAAGUCACCUUCCAUCCAGUACCAUCUGUCGGGAACCAAGAAGAUCCAGCAGGAACUGGCUCGAGCCGGAAUCCUCGAACAGUUCAUAUCUGAUACAGAAACCGUGUCUCGAAUCCGACAGAUGUUCGCUGGACAGUACACACUAGACCUCGGCGAGGAGGGUGACAGAGCGACCAAACUGGCAUUCAGCUCGCCGCAUAAGUUUGUUCUGAAACCGCAGAGAGAGGGAGGAGGGAAUAAUCUGUAUGGAGACGACAUUGCUACGUUUUUGAGAAAGCACGAGAACUCGAAAGAACGCAAUGCAUACAUUCUCAUGGAGCGAGUUUACCCGGUACCUCAGAAAAACUAUCUCGUCAAGGCAGGAAUUCCAUCUGUAUUGUCCGAUACGGUUUGUGAGCUGGGAAUCUAUGGAGUAUACAUUGGAACGGCUGAUAAAGAGAUAAUGAACACUGAAUGUGGACACAUGCUACGGACAAAAGAUUCCUCGACUGACGAAGGUGGAAUUUGUGCUGGUUUCGCCUGCAUUGAUUCUCCGUUUCUUGUAUAAGUGUGGAUGAGGCAAAGACCUCAACACUGACAGAUAGAUUUAUUAUUACAAUGUUUUCUUAACAUCCUAGAAGUGUAGCUUUUAUUUUUAUAUAAACCUGUCUAAGUAUGUAACCAGUUUAAAUAGCAAAUAGCGUAAUAAUCGAUUUCUGAUAAUUUUCGACAAUAUAAUAGUGAUUAUGUGGUAAUAUUUCUAAAGAGUAAAAUUUAACGGCUAUUUUUUCAUUUGAUAUAAAACAUAAAAUGUCCUUGUGAAUUGUCUUCAGUGUAUUCAUCAGUUGAUAGUGGAUGGCCUUUAUAUAGACUGUUCCUGUUUGUGCAAUUUUUUUGGCGACUUGUGCAAUAGAAUAUCUAGAAAUAAAAAUGACUGAUCUUAAUAAACUAAACUAUUGCAGUAUUAUAAAUAAUAAAAUAUUAACAAAUAUAAACUAAUACAUGUAUUUGGGUGAGGCCUUUAAAGUCAGUAUUAUUCUGAACUCUGUGGAAAAUGCACCAGUCAGGUUUAUAAGGAUAAGAGAGAAAAAAACAAAUCAUACAUUUAACUGAUUUUGUGUAACAGGACUUAUUCUGGAAUGUAAUAAAUAACCUAAAAAUUGUUUGCAAGGGUUAGGGUUAUUUUCAUUUCAACUUAUUUUUGUGCUUAUAUCCAAUUAAGAUUCAAGCACGCUGUCCUGGGAACACCUCAGCUAUCUGGGA